GGGUGAAGUCACAGUUGGAUUAUCUGCAGCAAUGCUUGCCUGGUUAUGAACAAUUUGGAAUCUCGCGGAAAGGACCCGAAGAUACUUCCGAUCAGCACUGCACAAUCUUUUAUGACAAGGAAAAGGUUGAGCUACUCGAAGGUGGAACUUUUUGGCUCUCAGAAUCGCCCUCAGUUCCUGGAAGCAUUUCGUGGGCUUCUACAGAACCUUGUAUUUCAACAUGGGCUAUAUCCUUAACUUGCCUUCUAAAAGGUGUUGAGCCACCAGGCUUUUCAUUUCAGAUAGUCAACACGAACAUGGAUGAGUUCAGUCCUCGUGCCCGUAGGCGUGGGGCCCUGCUGACCUGGCAGCACAUUGCUUCGUUGCCUCCAAACUUGCCCGUACUGUACUGCGGAGGUUUCAACACGCAGAAGGAAUCGACUGCUGGACGUUUUCUUCUUGGAAGAUCGAGGGAACACGGCGUGGUAGGUGAUAUGAGGGACGCUUGGCCCAGUGCUCGUGUAAGGAAAAAUGUUCCUUUGAUCCGAACUUACCAUGGCUUUAAAGGUGAUAAACAAGGUACUGUCGAAUUCUUGAAAUUGAUAUUUAGAGCACUUUGCCUUUGCUGGGAUCGGCAAACUCAGGAUCUGCACGUGGACUGGAUUCUUUACAGGGGCCGAUCAUUGAUCCCCGUCUUGUGUGAAGUCGUGAGUGAUAAUGUCGAUGGUUAUUACCCUUCAUCUCAUUACCCAAUAUUUGCCGAGUUUAUGCUUCCUCGUACUGUGAGGAUGGCCGAGUCGCCUGCUCAAGAUUGA